CCGUACCACCUAGGUAUAUAACGAGACAGGCAACGACCUCGAUACAACAACUGCACCUCCGACAUGUUUAAACCGCUGCUCUUGGUGACGGGGGUCGCCCUUUUCCUGACUCAAGUCCAAGGAGACGCAGCUCUUGACGCCUCCAAAGAUGAUGUCAAAAAGGCGUUCGAGUCGAUGAUGAAGGCCAUAGAUAAAGCUCUGACGCAGGCGCAGUCCGCUCUCGACAAGGCCCUCGAACAGGUCGAAACCAAAGCCCACGACCUGGAAGACAAAGCCAAGGCUGAGAUCCAAGGGGCGGUUUCCAAGUUGCAGGAGAAGUUGGACAAGCUGGUCGAGGAAGCGAAAGAGAAAGGCUUCGACGUAUCCGCUUGUGAAAAAUACGUGACGGAAUUUACUAAUUUACCAGACACCCUGGUCGACGAGCUGGUGUCUUGCGCAACCACCCAGGUGGAAAAGGCCAAGGGGUACAUCGACGACGCCUUGAAGAACGCGCAGCAGAUAGAGCAGGACCUCGCCAAGAUUGACGAUGACAUCGACAACUGUAGCGGCAACAAGAUCAAGCAGCUGAAAUGUUACGCGAAACUGCUCGAGGAGAUCGUGAAAGAUACGAGCUCGGCCCCCCAGCACAUCGUCGAAGACGUCACCAAAGCGACGACGUUGGUGACGGGUAUUUUGCCGGUCCUCGAAGCCUGCGCUACCGGAAAGGUUGAAAGCGCUGGCACCAAGGCCGCGGAAAUUGUCGCAGAAUUUGCCUUGUGCGCAGGCCUUAACGCGUAAGGAUACAAACAUAUUUUUUAAUUAGUGUAAAUUCAGUCAGUAAAUAAAUUAUAUGAUAUAAU